GCGGCAGCUAUUUUUGUAUGGGUCGUCGCCUAGUUCACACGGACAUCGGAAAAUACGCAAAACGCAGCGCACUGCCAGUUGGAAAAUCACAGUCAGCAAGGCAAAUAAAAUACCUAGAACGAGAAAACAAAAGCGAAUUAAGUCAAAGCACACGGAAAGGCCAACAAAAAGCAAGAAAAGCAAUGACGAAAUGAUUUGAAUUCGCUUGGCAGUCAACGCGCAUAAUCGUAGCCAUCGCACACACACUGGCAAUCGGACACACACGAACAGGCGGGAGUGAGUAAGUGAGAGGACAAGAGAAGGUGAAAGGGGCGGGUGGAAUUGAGUGGGCGCACCAGCAGCAAUAACAAGGGCAAGAACAAAAAGAAAACAAACAGCAAUUGCCGUGUAAGUUGCACGGGAAAACAACAACAAUGCGGAUACGUGAAAAACGCAAGUUGCAAAGAACGUUGAAGGGGGAGAAGGAGAAGGGGCAAAAGGAGCACAAGGAGUCCUCCAAAGCGCAAGACAACAACCAGGAAAAGGCCACUGACACCGACGUUCUUACCUCAAGCCCUGCGCCUGCGCCAGCUUCAGCUCCACCUGCACCACCCACUUCGAUCACCCCAGCCACUAACGCUCCCAGCUUACCGGCCGCCGAGAAAGUGGCCUUCGACAACCGCAUCAAGCGCAAGAAUGUCCUGGCACUUAAUGAAAAAGUCGCUGCUUUAAGGGAAUACGACCGACUGCCAGUUUACAAACACGUGGGUCGUCUGUUCAACUGUAGUCCGGAUCAAAUCAAGCGGAUUGUCCAGCAGCGCCAGGAGAUUCUAAACGCUUGGGAUCAGCGAACGCGUCGGAGCCAGGAUGCCAAGACUAUGGAAACAAAGACUGUUAGGGUAUCGAUGCUGGGCAAAGCCGUGUAUGAUUGGAUCCGGCGCAUGAUGUACUACAAAGAUUUCAGCAUCUCCGACGGACUUAUUCAGAAGAUGGCACUGCAAUUUAAGAGCUCGAUGGGCUUGGCGCACUUUUUUCCGCAUCAGGAGUGGUGCGACAAAUUCCGGCGCACCUAUAACAUCCAACACAGCGACACCAGACAGCUAAAGAUCGGCUACACACAGGGCUACUCUGUGCAGAUCAAGGAUAUUGUCAAGGACGUCAUGUCGGAGUGCAUACCAGAAUGUGAGCCACGAAACGUGGGAGAGGACGAAGAAGAUGUUAGCUUGGGCAGCCCGCUGAGCAGUAAUCAUCGCAGCAGCGGCGACGACGAAGAUGACGAGGUGGAUGUGGACGGCGGCGACGUAAGCGGUAGAGAGGAUGACCUGGAGGAACCAGAUGUCAAGCCUUCGUUGAGUGAACUUAAUCUGGCCAGAGCUUUACAGCCCUUACCGCCCCUGGUUAGACUGCCACUGCAGACAAACGCCCCGCCAGGAACGUCCCAAAAAGUGCUCCUAGCUACGCCCAUUGUGCCACCACAAGCAGGGGGACAGCCUAUGACCAUGACCAUCAUACCACUGGCCACCCUAGCUCAGAGCAUCACACAGAUGCCUUCCCCUCAGCAGCAGGACAAGGGUCCCUCUGUACCGCCGCCUAAGUUAGAGAUCAAGCAAGAAAAGGACAUAAAAAUGGAACCCAAGGAUCCAGAAGAGUUUCAGCUGCAUCAGACUGAGGAGGAUCAGUCUCAGACCGAAACCCAUAUUUCGAGCAAAAAGACACUUGAAGCUCUACCCACAGUGCACAUCAAACAGGAGCAAGAAGCUGAGCUGGAACCUGAAAUUGACCAAGAACCAGCAGAUCUCGAUGAAGACAUAAACAAUGGUCGCUCUAGUGUCACCUCGCUGGCCGAGGUUCUGGCCGCCAAUGUGGAGGAUGAGAUGGAAUACAUCGAGCAGAUGCGGCAACGGAAAAUCCGUUCGCCCUUGUCAAUCGAUAAGCCGCCUAAUACGCGCCAGGGCACAAAACGUCGCCAUGACUCUGGACAGGACGACAACAAUAAUGCGGAUCCCGAUGGAUCGAAUGUCAUUAGCUGCGCCGAUGCCCGAAAGUACCUUAAAUUACUCGAGGAGUUUGCUCUGUACAAGGAGAACUACCGGCUCAUUGGUUUGAUCACACGAGCCGACGAGGUGAUGCGGGAAAUGGAUGACGACGACGCGUAGGAUGCUACAAAACGAGAGCAUCACAUGGAGGAUGGGGAGGAACAGCUACAGCCAAAGAGCAUUAGCUUUGCAAACAGAUGCAUCUCGAAGAUGCAAUCAAUCACUAGAUCUAAGGCAAUAAUAAUUUUUACUCGAACCAAAUAAAAGUAAUCAAACCAAA